AUGCUCUUCACUUUCUUCAAACUCACAAGUCCCCUUGCCGGCGUUGUCGCUAUUCUGGCAGUCGCUCUCUUCACUCGAAUAUUGCGAGGCUACAAACAUCGCUCUCCCCCCGGCCCUUCAGGCUGGCCUAUUGUGGGCAAUCUUUUCGACCUGCCUCCAAGCACGAAUGAGCCUUGGAAGGUUUAUCAAGCAUGGAGCGUGAAAUACGGCUCCGAUGUGAUCCACAUGAAAGUGUUGGCCACUCGUAUAAUUGUCAUCAACUUGGUCAAAGCUGCCUCCGAUCUCCUUACUCAGAAGUCAGCAAUCUAUGCCGACAGACCGAGAAUGCCUAUGCUCCAAGAAGCAAUCGGGCUUGGAUGGCAUUUCGGGUUCAUGCCUUACGGUGACGGCUGGCGGCAACACCGAAGGCUAUUUGCUCAGCAUACCGGCACGUUUACCAUCGCGAAACAGCUCAAGUGGACAAACAUCCUCCUCGAGAACUUAUUAUCAUCACCCCAUAACUUCAUCGAACAUAUCCAGCACUUUGCGACGGGCUCGAGUCUCGAAGCAACAUUUGGCAUCCAGGUCAACCCUUCUGGAACUCCCGAUCCUUUUAUCGAAGCAGCGAAGCAAGUGGUUCAAUCAAUGGUAGAGGCGGGAAUAUUUGGUAGCUACUUGGUCGACUAUUUGCCGUUCCUGAAGCAUGUCGAGCGCCUCAAGGGCCAAGUGAAAGAGUGGUCUAUUGCCUCAAACGUGGCCGCCCACGUGCCUUGGGAUGCGAUGACGAAAGCUGUGCAAUUGGGUGAUUUCUCCCCUUCUGCGGCUUCAGAACUUUUCGAGAGCGAUAAUUUGGACCAAACAAUCGCUCGACAAACCUUGGCAUCCAUGUUUGCUUCAGGCUCAGCAGCGACCGCUUCUACCAUAACAAUUUUCCUCCUCGCGAUGAGGUGCAAGAAGCUGCGCAAGUCGAGAUCGACAGUAGUGGGAGAUCGUCUCCCAGAGCUCUCUGACGAAGUCAAUUUACCUUACAUCACCGCACUUAUUCGAGAAAUCGGGCGAUGGAACCCCGUAGUCCCACUCGCAUUUCCUCAUAUGCUCUCGACCGACGACGAGUAUGAUGGGCACCAUCUCAAAGCUGGCACGAUCGUUGUUCCAAAUUCUUGGGCAAUAUUGCAUGACCCAGAAGUUUACUCGGAGCCCGAGAGUUUCAAUCCAUCGAGAUUUUUGACAAGACAUGGCCUAUUGAACCCCCUUGUAAAUGAUCCCGAGGCCGUAUGGGGGUACGGACGAAGAGCGUGUCCUGGACGAAGGAUCGCUGCCUCAGAGCUUUUCUUGACCAUCUCAGGGAUACUCAAAGUCUUCAAAAUUACGCCUGCCGUGAAUAACGAGAGCGAAGUUAUACAACCGAAAUGCGAAUUCGGCAGUGGGUUGUUGCGAUAUCCUAAACCUUUCAAAUGCUCAAUCGAGCCCCGUUCGAAGGAGGUGGUCGAACUGAUACAGCUAUUUUGA